CCACAAUUUACGCGUCAGACCCCUCUCAAUAUUCGUGAUAUAUUACCCUGGAGAUCUACCAGUGAGACACCGUCCCAUGUCGGAUCAUUCGGCCUCCGAGUCAUCAGCAACUCCAGGCCCACCAGCACCAGGGACGACGAAGCGCCGCCCCAUCCCCAGAAAAGGCCACACCAAGUCCCGGGGCGGAUGCUCCAGUUGCAAGAGGAGGAAGGUCAAGUGCGAUGAGGUCUCGCCAGAAUGCGGGCCCUGUCUCCGCCUGGGGCUCGAGUGCGAAUACCAGCCGAAGCAGCGUCGUAGUCCUGUCGAACCGUCAACCAGCGUGAGCCGGCCGUUGCGGACAACCCCAGCCAUGUUCGAUGUCAAUGACAUGAAUUUCUUCCGGCACUUUUUGUUUGAAGCGUACCCGCCUCUUCCCAUUGAUGGGUUUUCCGUGUGGCAAGAUGUCUCUCGGCUCUCUCAUGAAUAUGACUUCUUGCUCCACUCCAUGCUGGCCAUUGGUGCUUCCCAUCUAAGUCUGGCAUCACCUUCAAGCUAUGAAAAGUUGGCUUUGAAGCAUCGGGUCACUGCCAUCACAUCAUUGAAUGAACACCUGUCAAAACCCAAUCUCUCGACACACGACGCUGAAGCCGCAUUCGGCGCCAUGCUUAAUCUGACCUUCCAGGCAGCUUACAUGGCGGACGGCCUGGUUGACUUUCUCACCAUGGUUCGAGGCUGUUUCUUAAUAGGCAUGCAUUCGCUUCCGAAUAUCGAAAUAUCCAAAUUCAAAACCCUUGCGAGAUCUUCUUAUAUCGUCAAGGUCCAAGAACUUGUUCGUUUCAGCACCUCAGAUAACCGUCUAAAUAGCAUCAUUGCCGAGGAGUUCUGCAACAGCACCAGGCAGAUUAGCCCCAUGUGCAAGAGUGUACCGGAGUUGCGAUAUCUAGCGCAUAUGCAGAAGAUAGCAAGUCUAGCGGUCACGGACCCUUCUCAGAGCGUACAUGAACUCUCCUUCUUCUAUGAGGGGCUGGUCGAACUCACAUCUCAAGACUUUUCUGUCUUUAUCGAUCCAGAAAAUCACGUGUCUCAGCUCGUCAUCAUGCACAUGCUCGUGCUGGACUAUGUCAUAAGCCGAAAGACGGUGUCUGAGGAAAGCGCCAAAUACGAUAGAACCGAGGGAUCAAAUAAAGGAUACGACUGCCGGAAAGGCAUGUCCGAGAUUUGGAUCGACCAGAUGCUGGAAAGGCUCCCUCUCGAGUACCAAAAAUACGCCGAGUGGCCAGUCAAUUUUGUUCGGGGUUUAAAUUACUCCUUUGAGCAAGACCAUGACGUCUGGAGGCCAUUCUUGUUAAACAACGGGACAGCCACCAUGCCCUCUGAGCGUGGAACCUUAUCAACUAUUUGAGACCACCCUGCCAUCACAGGCUUGAACGUUGAUAGUCAACGCCGCAUUAUCGGGCAGAGAUCCAACAGUACGGAUCCAUUGCCCAUAUGAAUUAUAUCUUGACGUAGACGGAGACACUAAAGAUUCCCCAGUUGUUUCUUUACCCUCUUCUAGAGACUAUCUUGCGAGAU